AUGUCUGCUGCACAGAAACGACUCGGACAGGUGUCCGGACAUCUCGCGGGCUCGAAGAGCGUUAUUGCGCCUACGGAAGGAGGAGCUGCUGGUUCUGGUCGCGCGAAGUUAUUGCAGAAGAAUCCAGAUGAUAUCGUCGUAACAGCCUGUCUCCGCACGCCCUUCACUAAAGGCGGCAAAGGCGGGUUUAAAGACACUGCCGCAGCAGACCUGCUCAUCGGCGCAUUCAAAGCGCUCUUAGAACGCUCGAAGAUCGAUCCCGCGCUCGUCGAGGAUAUCGCGGUGGGCAGCGUGCUGCCUCCUGGUGGAGGCGCUACGGAAUUCAGGGCUGCGGCGCUGGCUGCGGGGUUUCCGGUUAGUGCUGCGGUGAGGAGUCUCAAUCGGCAGUGUUCGAGUGGACUGCAGGCGUGUGUGGAUAUUGCGAAUCAGAUAUCUGCGGGCAUGAUUGAGGUUGGGGUUGGGGCGGGGGUGGAGAGUAUGAGUUUGCAGUAUGGGCCUGGUGCUGUUACUGAGUUCUCUGAGCUGCUGGAAUCGCAUCCUGAAGCUGCGAAUUGCAAGGUUCCUAUGGGUGUGCUUUCGGAGAAGAUGGCCAAGGAUCGAAACGUCUCGAGGGAUGUUCAGGAUGCUUUUGCGGCUAGCUCGUAUCAGAAAGCACAAAAGGCGCAGGAAACUGGACUUUUUGAUGAGGAAAUCGCUCCUUUGACUGUCAAGUGGGAAGACCCCAAGACUGAUGAGGUCAAAACUAUCACCGUCUCCAAAGAUGAUGGUAUCAGACCUGGAGUUACUGCUGAGAGUCUGGCAAAGAUCAAGCCUGCUUUUGCUAAGGACGGCUCCAUCCACGGUGGUAAUGCGAGUCAAAUCUCAGACGGGGCUGCGGCUGUCCUCCUGAUGAAGCGAUCAACGGCUGAAAAGCUCGGUCAACAGAUCCUCGGAAAGUACGUCGCUGCAUCCGUCGCAGGUGUUGCCCCUCUACUUAUGGGUAUCGGUCCAUGGGCGGCGAUUCCCAAAGUAUUCGAGAAAAUUGGCAUCAACAAGGACGAUGUUGACAUUUUCGAGAUCAACGAGGCUUUCGCAUCUCAAUGCGUUUGGUGCGCUAAUGAGCUGGGGAUUGACCAGAAGAAAAUCAACCCCAAGGGAGGGGCUAUCGCUUUCGGUCAUCCCCUAGGAUGCACAGGUGCCCGACAGGUUAGCACAUUGCUGUAUGAAUUAAGGCGGAGAGGGGAGAAGGUCGGGGUCACGAGUAUGUGUGUGGGGACCGGUAUGGGUAUGGCCGCGGUUUGGGUUGCUGAAUAG